GUCCGCUCGCCGGCGCCAUUUAUGUAGCCGGGAACGGCGGUGCGGCCUGCGGUCAUGGCGCUGUUCCCGGCCUUUGCGGGCGUCAGUCCGUCUCCCGAGAGCGUGAGCACCAGGAAAGAAUUAGACUGGCUAAGCAACCCAAGCUUUUGUGUUGAAACCGUAACAACUCUGAGCCAACAAACUGAAGAGGCCGCAGCCCUUGUUUCUGAAGGCUCACCACUGACGAGGGAUCCUCCUCAGUCAGAGCCUUCAGGUGAAGGUGACACAAACAGAAAGCUCAGACCAGCAAGCAGAAAAAAGAAGAAAGAGAAAAAGAAGAAGAGGAAGCAUCAGCACCACAAGAAAACCAAGAGAAAACGUGGGCAGUCAGGUAGCAGUGGGUCUGAGCCAGACACUGAUUCUGAAAAGGACAAACCUUCCAGAGGCUUCCGAGACGGUAACAGAGAAUCAGAGAAACUGAAUCAAGAAAAUAAUGCUGCUGCUGCUGCUGCUGCUGCUGGACAUCGCUGUGUGUGGCUUGAGGACAUUCAGGAUCUGACAGGAGAAACCUUCAGAACAGAUAAGAAGCCAGACCCUGCCAACUGGGAGUAUAAGUCCCUCUACCGAGGAGAUAUAGCCAGAUACAAGCGGAAAGGAGACUCCUGCCUUGGCAUUAACCCUAAGAAGCAGUGCAUAUCCUGGGAGGGGGCUUCCGCACCAAAGAAGCAUUCGCACAAGCACGUCGAGCGCUACUUUACGAAGAAGAACGUGGUGUUGAUGAACGCUGAUGGGGUUGCCGUUAGCGGUAAAACAGAAACUCUCUCAUCCGAGCCAGUCUCGUUUAUCCCGGUGAAGGGCUUGGACGAGGUCGUUCCUCCUGUGACAACCUGGCUGAACCCUCUGGGGAUUUAUGACCAAUCCACCACGCAGUGGUUACAAGGACAGGGUCCUUCAGAGCAGGAGUCAAAGCAGCCAGACUCCCAAGCAGAACGAGAGAACACGCUUCUCAAGGCCAAGGUGGAGGAGUUUAACAGGAGGGUGCGCGAGAAUCCUCGGGAUAUUCAGCUGUGGAUGGCGUUCGUUGCUUUUCAGGACGAGGUCAUGAGAAGUCCUGGCCUGUACGCCGUCGGGGAAGGAGAGCAGGAGAAGUGGAAGCGGUCCUUGAAGCUCGUUCUGGAGAAGAAGCUGGCCAUUCUGGAGCGGGCCAUCGAGAGCAACCAGAGCAGUGUGGACCUGAAGCUCGCCAGGCUGAGGCUGUGCACGGAGUUCUGGGAGCCCUCCACGCUGGUCAGAGAGUGGCAGAAGCUGAUGUUCUUACAUCCCAACAAUGCAGGCCUUUGGCAGAAAUACCUUUUGUUUUGCCAGAGCCAGUUCAGCACCUUUUCAAUAUCAAAAAUUCACAGUCUUUAUGGGAAGUGCUUGAGUACUUUGUCUGCUGUGAAGGACGGCAGCAUCUUGUCGCACCCUGAGCUGCCUGGCACCGAAGAGGCCAUGUUUGCCCUCUUUCUUCAGCAGUGCCACUUUCUGCGCCAGGCCGGUCACUCUGAGAAGGCCGUUUCCUUGUUCCAGGCCAUGGUGGACUUCACCUUCUUCAAGCCUGACAGCGUGAAGGAUCUGCACACCAAAGGACAGGCCGAGUUCUUCGAGCCUUUCUGGGACAGUGGAGAGCCCCGGGUUGGGGAGAAGGGCGCCCGAGGCUGGAGAGCUUGGAUGCACCAGCAGGAGCGGGGCGGCUGGGUGGUCGUCGGUCCAGAUGAUGAUGAUGAUGAGCCAGAAGACGAUGACCAGGAGAUCAGAGAUAAGACUCUGCCCCGGUGGCAGAUCUGGCUUGCCGCGGAGCGGUCCCGAGACCAGAGGCACUGGCGGCCCUGGCGCCCUGACAAGACCAAGAAGCAAACCGAAGAAGACUGUGAGGAUCCAGAGAGACAGGUGUUGUUUGAUGAUAUUGGACAAUCUCUAAUCCGACUCUCCAGACCAGAUCUUCAGUUCCAGCUGGUUGCGGCCUUUCUGCAGUUCUUGGGUGUGCCUUCUCGCUUCAGCCCUCCAGCCUCCUGCCUCUAUCUGGCUAUGGAUGAGAACAGCAUCUUUGAUAACGGACUUUAUGACGAAUACCCAUUGACUUUUCUUAACCUUUCGUUUUCCGGGGUCAGCUGUGUCGGUCGCACGGACCAGUUGGGCUGCCGGCACUGGACCAGGGGUCACAGCCGAGAGGGCGAGGAGUUCAUCCGAAACAUCUUCCACCUGGUGAUGCCUUUGUUUUCAGGCAGGGAGAGGUCUCAGCUCUGCUCCUCCUGGUUACGGUAUGAGAUCGCAAAGGUUAUUUGGUAUCUGCUCACUAAAAACAAGAAGAGGUUAAAGUCAAGAGGUAAGAACUGCAAAAAACUAGCCAAGAAUCUCCUUAAGGAGCCAGAAAACCGGAACAACUUUUGCCUCUGGAAGCAGUAUGCACAUCUGGAGUGGUUGCUGGGCAACACAGAGGACGCCAGAAAAGUUUUUGAUACAGCACUGAGCAUGGCAGGCAGUGGAGAGCUGAAGGACCCGGAGGUCUGUGAGCUCAGUCUGCUGUAUGCGGAGCUGGAGCUGGAGCUGGCACCAGACCUGAGAGGGGCCACUGCGGCCCCAGCUGUUCACAUAUUAACCAGCCUGGCUGAGAACAGUCCCUAUGGGCCCUACACCGGGCAGGUCCUGGCCAUUCGCAUUUUGAAAGCUCGGAAGGCUUAUGAACACACACUGCAAGACUGUUUGGGUGAGAGCCAUGUCUCCGAUCCAGCUGCCACCGCCGAUUCCCUCAGCCACCUAGUUAGUGUGGUUAAAUGCUUUAUGCUCUUCCAGUACUUGACUCUGGGGAUUGAUGCCGCAGUGCGGAUAUACGAGCAGGUGUUUGCAAAACUAAAGAGCACUGUUUCCCCAGAAGGUCCGGCCCUGGAGGACAGUGCCAGCCCCCCGAGUGUGAGCAGCGUUCUCGAGGCUGUCACACUGAUGCACACGAGCCUGCUCAGAUUCCACAUGAAAGUCAGUGUUUACCCUCUGGCUCCGCUGCGACAGGCGCUCUCAGAGGCUCUCCAGCUAUAUCCGGGCAACCAGGUCCUUUGGAGGUCUUAUGUACAGAUUCAGAACAAGUCCCACAGUGCCAGUAAGACCAGGAGAUUUUUUAAUGCAGUUGCCAGGUCUGCGAAACCCUUGGAGCCUUGGUUGUUUGCUAUUGAAGCUGAGAAAAUGAGGAAAAGACUGGUGGAAACUGUUCAGAGGGUAGAUGGCAGAGAGGUCUACGCCACAAUUCCCGAGACUGGCUUGACGCACCGGAUCAGAGCCCUGUUUGAAAAUGCAAUCCGCAGUGACCACGGCAGCCAGUGCCCCUUACUGUGGAGGAUGUAUUUGAAUUUUUUGGUUUCGUUAGGAAAUAAGGAAAGAAGCAAAGGUGUAUUCUACAAAGCACUUCAAAAUUGUCCUUGGGCAAAGGUGCUGUACAUGGAUGCCGUGGAGUACUUCCCCGAUGAGAUGCAGGAGAUCCUGGACCUGAUGACCGAGAAGGAGCUCCGGGUGCGCCUGCCCAUGGAGGAGCUGGAGCUUCUGCUUGAGGACUAGAGGCCCGGGGGCGUGGGGACCCCCUCCGAGGCCACGUUGCCUGCCCUGUGGGGGCAGGGUGAGCCAGAGAUGGUGAUACACGCGUGCGAGCAUGUCAGCAGACCUGUUUUUAAAGUUUCUUCUAGAUAAUGUCUGGGUUGUCAGUCACUCAUCUCUCAUACAUUUUCUGAAUGUGCAAAUGACACACAAGCUCCCGUUUUACAUGUUAUAUAUGUGAAUCUGUGUACAGACAAGAAUGAAUCAGGCUAUGUGUAAUUAAACCUGUGUGGUUGGUGUGUGUGAGCUGUUCUGCUCCUCUGCCUGGCCAGUGCCAGCCCUGCCACUGAAUGUACCCACUCAGGUGGCAUCCAUGGUGGUCCUUGCCCAGUCUUUUGGGUUUUGCAGUCACAGUAAGAAAGGUCUGGUUACUCAAUACUGGGACCUCCUCCUGCAGGGCUGGUUAGCAGGAGAGCAGAUUUUGCCUCAUCUUCAGACCAGAGCAGUCGAGAGUCAUUUAAAACUUGGGGUUUUGUUUUUAAUUUUUUUUUUCUUUAUUGAUUUUAGAGCGGAAGGGAGAGGGAAAG